UUCCUGCUCUCGCUCACGUGACCGUGCGACCCCGGGAGCCAUGGCGGUGCGGCUGGCCGGCUUCCUGCUGCUGCUGGGGCUCGCGGCGCGCGGUCAGCGGUUCCGCGAGCUUGCCCCUCCGCACGUCGGCGUCGCCAGCCUCUGCUCCCUGCUCAUCGCCUCGCUCUCCGCAGGGCCCGCGCCGGCACGUGCCGGGAAGAUGAAGGUGGUAGAGGAACCCAACACAUUCGGGCUGAAUAACCCGUUCCUGCCCCAGGCAAGUCGCCUUCAGCCUAAGAGAGAGCCUUCGCCUGUAUCGGGCCCCCUGCAUCUCUCCAGACUUGCUGGCAAGUGCUUCAGCCUAGUGGAGUCGACGUACAAGUAUGAGUUCUGCCCUUUCCACAACGUGACCCAGCACGAGCAGACCUUCCGCUGGAAUGCCUACAGUGGUAUCCUUGGCAUCUGGCAUGAAUGGGAAAUCGCCAACAAUACCUUCAAGGGCAUGUGGAUGACUGAUGGGGACUCAUGCCACUCCCGAAGCAGGCAGAGCAAGGUGGAGCUUACCUGUGGGAAGAUCAAUCGACUGGCCCAUGUGUCUGAGCCAAGCACCUGUGUCUACGCAUUGACAUUCGAGACCCCCCUCGUCUGCCAUCCCCACUCUUUGUUAGUGUAUCCAACCCUGCCAGAGGCCCUGCAGCAGCGCUGGGACCAGAUGGAACAGGACUUGGCAGACGAGCUAAUCACACUGCAGGGCUAUAAGAAGUUGCUGAGGGUGCUUUUUGAAGAUGCUGGCUACUUAAAGGUCCCAGGAGAAACUCAUCCUACCCAGCAGGCAGGAGGUUCCAAGGGCCUGGGGCUUGAGACCCUGGACAACUGUAGAAAGGCACAUUCAGAGUUGUCCCAGGAGGUACGAAGACUGACCAAUCUGCUGGACCAGCAUGGAAUCCCCCACACUCAGCCCACAGGAACAGUCCCAGUCCUUAUUGUAGGAGGCUGAAGUCAUCACCCUAGACACAUCCUCAGCAGAAUUUUAGCCAUGGGCCCGAGGCCAAGCUGUGAGGGGCGGGCACUGCCUUUGCCUUGGAAGCUGAUGGUGAGCUGCAGCAGAGCUGGGGUUGCUGGUCACGGGAUGGAUUCUGGUAAUAACUGGAUGCACAGCUCAGGUACCAGAUGUUUGUUAAAACUGUCAUGGAAUCUCUGGAUCAGCUAGAGGUGAGUGUGGUCACAGGUGCAGCAGACUGAAGUCUCAGGUGUACAGUCCCUUUGUUCAGCACAAGCUAGGGUGCCCCAGGCGACUCAGGGUCCAAAGCACCGUUGCCAUUACAGACAAGGCAUCAGAACACAGCUCCUUCCCGAGUAGAUCUUGGACUCCUCUGAAUGCCUGAUUCCUUUGCUGCAUUUUUCAUUAGCAUGAAAUUGUCUUUCAAGGGAGAAGAAAAAAACCAAAUGAACCAAUUCCUUCACUUCUUUUGCAAGGCACAGGCACUUGGAAGUGGCCACGGAUCACAUAAGUGCACGACAGAGCUCUGGAAAUCACUCUGUGAUACUGGAAUAUAAAACUCCACCUACAUGUGCACCUGCACAUGUUUAGGAAAAUUAGUUCCUUUCAUAAAAUUAAGAACAUCUAAAUGUAUAUGUGUCUCUCAAUAACCACUCUCUGCUUAUAAAUACUAUUUGUUUGCACUUAAUUUUAAAAUGUAAAAAUCCUAGGUCUUCUUCACUACUAGAUAAAUGUUCAUUUCCUAAAUAGUUUCAGAAUAUGAAAUCUAACGUAGUUACCAUUACUAUGAGUUAACAACAAACUGAUAGAUAGGAAACUUCAAGUUCACAGUACACUUAUAAAGCUUCAUGUUAUCGCAUAUUAAAAAACAUGGACCUAGAAAGCAGCUUAUACAAUUUAUAAUGUCUAAAUUCCUCGGUUUACAAAGUGCUUUGACAAGGCCUGACCUCCCACUGGCCUGGCCACAGCAGUGUCAAGGACUGGGGGCACCAAAAACAUGCCA